AUGUCAUCUAUUUUUAAAUAAAAUGCUAAUUAUGAAGAUGCUCGAGAAUUUAAUCCUUAAUAUAAUUAUUAAAGAAAAUAAUAAUAAAGAUCAUCUUUUAAUUAUGAAGAUCAACCAUAUUUUAACAAUUAAUAAUAAAAUUUCAAUAAUAAACAAUAGUUUGAAUAGGAAUUAAAUCCUUUAGAUUUUUCAAAGGAAGUACUUCCAUAAUUUGAAAGAAUAUUUUAUAAUAAAGAUUUAUUAUAAUAAGAGGAUUUUUAAUAAGUAGAAAACCAUCUAAAAGAAAAUCAAAUAAAAAUUAUUUCAGCCACUAACAUUCCUCCCCCUCCAUUUUUAUCAUGGAAAAAUUCUCCUCUUUGUGAUUAAUUAAAAAGUCUAGUGUAAUCUUAAGGGUUUGAAAAGCCCACAUCAAUUUAAUCAUAAUGUAUACCUAUAAUUCUUAACGGAAGCGAUCUUAUAGGAAUAGCUUAAACAGGAUCAGGAAAAACAUUAUCAUAUUUAUUACCGAUGUUAAUCCAUAUAAAUUAAAAAGAAAAAAGAGAAAGAAAAAAUCCAGUUGGCCUUAUAUUAGUCCCCACUCGUGAAUUAGCAAAUUAAGUUCAACUAGAAUGUGCCAAAUUUGGAAAAGCUUAUAAAGCUUAUUCUACUGCAAUUUAUGGGGGAGCAUCUAGAAGUGUGUAAGAGUAACAUCUUUAAAAGAAACCUGAAAUAGUAGUAGCUACUCCAGGAAGAUUAAUAGAUUUUGUUUAAAGCAAAGCUGUUGAUUUAAGGACUAUCACAUAUUUAGUUUUGGAUGAAGCAGAUAGAAUGCUUGAUAUGGGAUUCGAACCUUAAAUAAGAAAAAUUUUGGGAUAAAUACGACCUGAUAAAUAGAUGAUUAUGUUCUCAGCUACAUGGCCAAAAGAAAUUAAAAAUUUAGCUUAUGAAUUUUGUCAAGAAAAACCCGUUCAUGUGCAAAUUGGAGAAAAUGAUUUAAAUGUUAAUACAGAUAUUUAAUAAUAAUUUGAGUUAAUUGAUUAAAAUUAAAAAUUAUAAAGAUUACAAGAAAUUAUUUAAGAAAAAGCUGAUAAUAAAACUCUUAUUUUUACAUCUACUAAAAGAAGUUGUGAUUUUUUAGAAAUGACUUUAAAAUCUUAAAAAAUAAGCUGUCUUUCUUUACAUGGUGAUAAAAGUUAAAGUCAAAGAGAUUAUAUUAUGUAUAAAUUUAGAAGUGGAUAAGUAUAAAUUUUACUUGCUACAGAUGUUGCUUCUCGAGGAUUAGAUGUUAAAGAUGUUAAACUUGUUAUUAAUUAUGAUUUACCUUAAAAUAUUGAAGACUAUGUUCAUAGAAUUGGAAGAACUGGAAGGGCUGGUGCUUAAGGAUAAUCAAUUUCUUUUUUUGAUAAAUAAAAUGACAUGAUGAUUGGCAAAAAAAUUAUUUAAUUAUUAAAGUAACAUCACAUAUAACCAAGCUCAGAGUUUGAAUAAAUAAUAAAAUAAGGUUAUUAAUUUUUUAAAUAUAUUUAUUAAUUUUAUUUAAUUUAGAUUAAUUGA